AUGGUUCAUGGGGUAGUUAGGAAUGAGUCCUCAUCCAUCGGUCAGAAUCAGAAGAAUGGUCUCAUGUCAGCCAAUGUUGGAGACACAGUGGUUUUGCUCUGCUUCAACAAAGGCGACGUGGGAGUAAUGUUCUCCUGGUACAAGCAAACUUUUGAAAAUAUUCCUCAGCUCAUCUCGACCAUSUAUAAGUUGGACAAGAAUGCAACAUUUUACCAGGAGUUUAAGAAUAACCCUCGCUUCUCAGUGGAAGGUGGCCAAGGGAAAAAUAAUCUAAUGAUCGCAGACGUGGAACUCUCUGAUUCAGGCACAUACUACUGUGGAAGUUCUUAUGGAAACAAUUUGGAAUUUGGAAAAGGAGUCAUUCUCAUCAUAAAAGGAUCAGAUUCCAGAAAUAUGACUAUACUUCAGCAGCCUGUGUCUGAGUCAAUCCAGCCAGGAGAUUCUGUGACUCUGAACUGUACAAUACACAUGGAGACCUGUGCAGGAGAACACAGUGUCUAUUGGUUCAGACAUGGCUCAGGAGAAUCCCACCCAGGAGUCAUUUACACCCAUGGAGACAGGAGUGAUCAGUGUGAGAAGAGCCCUGAGGCUGGGUCUCUUACACAGAGCUGUGUCUACAACCUCCGCAAGAGGAACCUCAGCCUUUCUGAUGCUGGGACUUACUACUGUGCUGUGGCCUCAUGUGGGGAGAUACUGUUUGGGAAUGGGACCAAGCUGGAUGUUGUCCAUGGUUGUAAGGAGGACCAGGUUCUCUUGGUGUACUGCCUGGGUGUAGCGUUGGGUCUGUGUGUCAUCCUCGUCAUUGUCCUUGGUUGCGUUAUGUAUAAGAUCAGCAGGGGAGAAUGUGAACAGUGCAGAYGUAAGUGUUAUCAAUGUGCACAAUAUGCUGAAACUGUUGGUACAGGAAACAUUACAUGUUUUUGAUCAUAAAACUUUACUAAUU